AUGUCUCCCCAUCUAGACGACAAGGUGGCCAGGGUCAGUGAAGAAGACCAUGCCACUGACUACAACGCCACCAAAGACCUGGCCAUUGCCAAGCAGGCUGCUGAGGACGAGCACAACCUCAAGUUUACCGACGCCAUCCGCCGCUAUCCAAAGGCCGUCAUGUGGUCCGUUUUGCUGUCGACGUCUAUCAUCAUGGAGGGUUAUGACAUUGUCCUGAUCUCCUCCUUCUUCGCCCAGCCAUCCUUCAGAGAACACUACGGCGAAUACGUCCCCAAGUCGGAUAGCUACCAAAUCACUGCAUCCUGGCAAAACGGUCUGAGCAAUGCAGUAAGCGUCGGCACCAUCAUUGGCGCAUUCGCCAACGGCUACUUUACCCACAAAUUCGGCUAUCGCAAGGUGCUCCUAGCUUCCCUGGCUGCAAUUUGCGGCUGCAUCUUCAUCUCGUUCUUCUCCCCAAACCUCCCUGUUCUUCUUGUUGGCCAAUUCCUCUGCGGUAUUCCCUGGGGCGUGUUUGCAACCAUGGCUCCAGCUUAUGCCUCCGAGGUGUGCCCGAUGGCCCUGCGUGGCUAUCUCACCGUUUACGUCAACCUCUGCUGGGCGCUUGGUCAACUCAUCUCGGCUGGUGUUCAGUCUGGUUUCUCCGACAAGCCAGGGCAGUGGUCGUACCGCGUUCCUUUUGCGAUCCAGUGGGCGUGGCCUCUCCCUCUGUUCGCAGUAUUGUGGUUCGCCCCAGAGUCACCGUGGUACUUUAUCCGUGUUGGCAACUAUGAGGAAGCAGAAAGGUCCGUCACUCGGCUUGGUUCCAACUUGAACCAAAACCAAGCGAAGCAGACGGUGGCCAUGAUGGUUCAUACGAAUGAAAUCGAAAUGUCCAUUGACCAGGGCACCUCCUACCUAGACUGCUUCCGCGGAGUCGACCGACGCCGCACCGAGAUUGCUUGCAUGGCGUUUGCUGCCCAGCCAUUUUGUGGCUCAGCAAUGGGUGGAACUCCUACAUAUUUCUUUGUCCAGGCCGGCCUCCCCGAAUCCAUCUCAUUCCGGAUGUCUGUUGGCGGCCUUGGGAUCGCAUCCGUCGGCACAAUCGUGUCUUGGUAUCUACUGAGCCCCUUUGGCCGCCGCACAUUGUACCUCUGGGGCCUUGGGCUCUUGACAGCCAUCUUGUUGACCGUUGGCUUUAUCAGUGUCGGUGCUGGUGACUCUAAUGGUAGCAACUAUGCGCAGGCUAGCUUGAUGCUGGUGUGGCUGGGUGUCUACUACAUGACGGUUGGGCCAGUUUGUUACGCCGUCAUCGCCGAAGUAUCUUCGACACGCCUGCGAAACAAGAGCAUCUGUCUUAGCCGAAUUACAUACUACAUUGCUCAGAUCAUUUGCAACGUCAUCAACCCGUACAUGCUCAACCCGACGGCAGGAGACUGGAAGGGCAAGACUGGAUUUUUCUGGGGUGGAUGUGCCUUUGUCUUCUUUAUCUGGACUUUUUUCCGACUUCCCGAGACUAAGGACAAGACUUUUGAGGAGCUAGAUAUUCUCUUUGCUCGGAAUGUCAAGACUCGGGAGUUUGCCAAGUACAAGGUUGACGCUUACGCUGAGGGCGAAGAUGCUUUGACAAAGGAGGGGUGA